GUAGGGGUAGCAGGUUGGGCAGUGCCAGCGCCUAAGGACCCCUAAUAAAUACCCCAUUCUGGGUGCCUUGGCUUGCUUAUCUAAGGCAUCUUGGCCCCUGCGCGCCUUAUCAACCCUAACCAACUAACCUGAAGGAAGAGUAUCUGGGCGGCUCUGCGGCUCUGCGGCUCUGUGGCUCUAUGGCUCCCAGUCUCUGGUGAUGUGUCAAAGGCGUUCGUUGAGAUACAUGCCAUUUAACUCGGCCUAGAUUCCUAGCAUAGCUGCAAAGAUCCAAGCCUCGCGACAUGUAGAGAAUAUUGCUGUGGAGGUCUUCAACGUCCUUGAAUUCUAGACCCCAGAAUUCAGCCUGUAAUAAGACUGUUUCCAAGAUGAUCCGGGUAAAUCUCUCCGGUGGUCAACAGCAUCAAGAACUCCAAGUUCCAAUACCAUGAAAACAUUGCCCACGACUCUUGACAAUAGCAAUCCGCGACAACUCGAUCCUCGACAACUUCUAGACGUCUGCAUUCUUAUCCCUCGAUCAACCACCACCUUUCUACGUGGAACCGUGUUAUCACCAUGACAUCAGAAGACUCUAGCGUCAAGUUCCUGCCCACCGGCGCCAUCAUCCAAGAACUGAACAUCGCCGGGCACAAUAUUGUCCUUGGCUACCCCAGCGUCGAACCCUACGUGGAUGCCCCCUUUUUUGGAGAGACAAUUGGGCGAGUGGCAAAUCGAACAAAGGAUGCCCAAAUCGACUUGCUGAACGGCAAAUCCUACAAAUUAGCUGCAAACAAUCGACCAAACCACCUACAUGGAGGACUUGAAGGCUGGGGAAAGAAGAAAUUCUCCGGGCCAAAACCAGAAAAUCGCAAUGGCAAGGAAGCCGUCUUGUUCACCUAUGUCUCGCCUGAUGGUGAAGAGGGCUACCCAGGCACGGUCGAGCUCAAGGUGUGGUACACGGCGUCGAUCGAGGCAGAGGACGGGGUUUCCAAGUUUGUGCUCGAGACAGAGUAUGAGGUUCAGUUAGUCGGUGAUGACGCCGACGAGACUGUCAUCAAUGUGACCAACCACAGCUACUUCAACAUUGCCAAUGGACCUACCAUCAAUGGCACAGAAGUCCGAUUAUCUACGUCCAAGUACUUGGCCGUGGUGGACGAGGGCCUGAUUCCUACCGGUACCAUCGAGGACUUUCCCGGUGUUGAGGCAGACACGGCCAUCAAGUUGGGAGAGAUUAGCCCUGUCUUUGAUCACGCUUUUGUCGUUGACACAGACACAUCCAACAUUCCGCUUGAUACAAGAAAGGGCCCACUCCGGAAACUGGCCGGGUUCUCGCAUGCUGGCACGGCUUUGCACAUUGACUUUUUCAGCACCGAGCCAGCGUUCCAGUUCUACACGGGCGAGCACAUCAACGCCAAAGCGGACGCGGAAACGCCAGCUCGUGGACCACGAGCCGGUUUCUGCAUCGAGCCCAGUCGUUUCAUCAAUGCGGUCAAUGUCCCCGAGUGGAGGAAUCAGGUCGUCCUCAAGAAAGGCGCGACAUGGGGUGCACGAACUGUCUACAAGGCAUGGAAAGCCUAGCCGCGCGGGGACCUUUCGGGCAACUCUGGAAGGGAGGGUACUCUCGUUUGUCGACUCGCUUCGGCGACAUCGACGCAUGUCGUGCAUCUCCGAGUCACGCGCUUUUAUCUCCAGGCGUAACUAUGCAGGAUCCGUAGAAUCUACAUAGCCUGUCAGCCCUGGCCUGAAGUAUGGCGGAGGCACAGGUGUAACACGAUGACAUGACGUUGAUCCAAACCAUGUCAAGUGAAUUGCUCAGCCGAGGCUCUGAAUUGCAUUUGAUUAUCUUCGAAAUCAUGCUCGUUUAAUAGUUUCCUACGCCGACUGCGGGAUAUCACACCCGAAAAUUCGAGCCCUUGGAGCGAGCGGAAUUGGAUUUCCAAUUUUCUGACUAGAGUCAUCAGUCGUUGACACAAUGAGGAUCAAAGGCUACCAGUCACGACUAGACCCACACAGCAAGUUUCUAGAAAGUCUUGUGACUCGGCAGGGUCCUGGAAGCCAUCCCCGAGAGGGAGGUGCCGCACAUCAAGAGAAUAAUGAUAUGUAUUGAUGAAAAAUAAAUGCCUCGUGAGGCCUUCUGUCCCGGCCCCACCGAUGGCAACGGCGGACAAAAACCCAUGUCCUCGGCCCCUACCCAGCGCCGAGCCAUAUCACCAACUGUAUCACCCACAGCGUGUCAUGUCGAUCGAUCUGAUAAUUCCGGCCUCGAUCAGCGUCUCCCGUCUGACGCGGGCGACAGGAGCACUAGGAUUUCUAGGAGUCGUGGGAGUCAAUUUUAGUCUUGAUUCUUAUUAGUACUCAUAUCGACCGAAAGGCCGCUCUUAAUUCCGG